AUGAAGCUCUACGCUGCCGUUCUCGUCUUCACCGCAGCCUUGGCUAGCGCUUGCAACACCUGCAAUGACUGUCCUGGAGAUCAAGUGUGCAAUCACUUCGGAGGCUUUGGAGUCGACCCAACCAGUUUCUGUGUUGAGCCCAACGACCCCAGCUGCAGUGACCCACGUGGCAACUGCGAUACCAACACCUGUUGA